AUGUCGCGCUGCUUUCCAUUUCCACCACUAGGAGAGAUUAAUCAUCUGGCUAAGGAGAACAAGGAUUCUAAAUUCCUCCUGGAGUUUGAGAGGAGAAUUAAGGAGGGUAAUGGAGCGGCUGGUAAUCAAUUGGUUCAGAAGUUUACAAAUUCAGACCAUAGAAAAGAUGAGGGGACUGUUGGGUUGUUGGCUAGGAAUAGUGGCACCCUGCGCGAUGACAAUGAAAAGCUCAAGGACAUGGGUUUUGAUGCUAAGAAGAUUGCGAGGAAAGGAGUUAAUGCCCAGGUACGGCCUUUUGGAAAUGCAACAGUUCAGAACCACGCCGACAAUUUUCAUCCUAAAGCAGAUGGAGUCCCCAAACUUUUGGGGAAGUAUAUGGACAGGAAUUUGGAAGCAACAGUUGGGGGAAAAGAAAAGUCCUAA